UGAGUAGAAGUUUACCUGUUGCAUCUACCUACACUGUUUGUUAUUGUUGUGCGUUGACGCUCAGAGAAAUGCCAUUGUGUUUUGUCUGCGAGUGAAAGCAGUCACAGAAGCACAGUCAGCGGCAGAGUGGAGGGACAGCACAAGAUUGACUAUGAAGUUGUUUCUUGUCCAUCUAAUACUUCUAUCCUGUUUCCUGGAUUUGUGGGCCUUGCAAGGUGAGACGGAGGGAAACAAUCAGGAUGUCUGUCAGGAGCUAGAGGAGCCUGGUGAGCUUAAAACGUUGAGUUCAUUACAAGAAGAUGUAAAGGACCAUACUGAUGUAAAUGGAACGUUUGUCUGCCUCCGUUACCCAACAAAUCUGCUCAACUGUUCCUGGUCAUUCGACCCUUCAUAUGAGGAUGCUCAGCUUUCUGUCCAUAUCAGCAUUUGUGAAUAUAGCACAUCAGUCCAGUCUCAAAGUUUCCUGGUGGAAAGAGUUGGAUCAAGAACUUUGAAUCUGCAGCCGAAUGAAAUGCUAACUGUAGUAAUUCAAUUCAACUUUUCCUGGCACGACCACUGGAAUGCCUACUUAUUCAGUUAUGACGAGGACUUGCUGGAGUUCCGGUUACCACCCACGAACGUCUCUGCAACGGUCAAAGAUGGAGGGCUGUUAGUGACAUGGGGCCCGCCCCCCAGUGAUGUUAAUUACUCAUGCUUUGAAUACGAGCUGGACCUGGGUGACCAGGAAACACCCAAACGCUUGAGUGCCCGGUCUUAUACAGAGCACAAUGUAGAUCCCAACCGCAUCUACAGAGUGAGGGUGAGGACAAGGAUGAAGGGCACAUGCUAUGGAAAUUUGCAGUGGAGUGAAUGGAGUCCCACUGUCACGGUGAAGCUGCCAGAUGACAAAACAAACAAUCUCAGCGUUCUGUUGCUCGUCUUGAUUUCACUUGGAAUACCCAUGAUCCUCCUGGCUGUGCUGCUGCUGGUGCGCUAUCAGAGGGUGUCUAAAGUUCUGUUUCCUCCGAUUCCUCGCCCCCCACCAAAGUACAUGUAUUUCCUGGAAAAAAAUGACACAUUCAAUGUCUUUCAUCCUGCCACGCCACCGAAGCCUGAAGAGAUCACUGAGGUGGAGGAUGCAGAGUAAAACCCUGGAGAGACAUUUAUAUGGGGAAGAUACUUUCAGAUUUUAAAAAAACACAGUGCACUGCAAGGCUCACUUUAAUACAAAAUGCAUGCAUGCGUGUGUGUGUGUGUGGAUAUGUAUUUGAGUAAAAAUUCUGUUUUUAUUUUUAUGUUUCAUAUUUUUGUAGACUUACAUUGUAUAGCCUGUGAGGCUCAAAAUGUUGGUUCAGGUGACGCUUUAACAGUUUCCACAGUCUCAUACAGAUUCUGUCAGACUCUGUCAGUUGCACUAUAUAGUUAAACUGUAGGCAGCUUUCUUAAAAGCGGUUCUUAAAUAUAUAUACUUAAAAGUGUAAGUCUCUUCUCACUGACAUAGAGGGCCAGCCUACACUCUUGUACAAGCUUUAAACCCAUUUCCUGAUAUUAGCAGAAAGUUUUGAUGAAAAAAAAAGAGAGAGUGAAGUUGCCGCUUGCAUAUAAAUAACAUCACAAUUGUCUAAUAGGGAUAAAACUACAGCCUGAAUUACUUGUUACCUAACUGAACUAGAGAGAGAAAAUUGUGUGUAUAAAAAGUUUAGAUUGUUUGAUGUUUGGUUUUUUUUUUUUAAAUUCCCCUACAUGUCAUUAGUAAGAUGAGACUGUCAUCUACCAAAGUAUUUGUAGGAUCACCUGUGGGAUGGUUCAUAAAAAGUGUGAAAAGCCUGGUUUGUAUGAGCCUAACGAGCUGAACCAAGUUGGCACACACAGAGUGGCACAUACACUUAUUAUUACUAAGAAUAAACAUUACAGCAACAAUUAAGAGAGCCGCUGCAUUUAACAAAGCAAAAGAGAAGAAAUUCUGUUAGUUUAGAUUUGUUGCAGUCCGCUGAGAGCAAUCGCUUUGUUGUGGGUUCAAGUUGCCUGUGAGUCCAGGUAAAAGUGUUACUUCCUAGAAGGCUGCAGCCAGUAGCUUAACCGCAGAGCACUUUGCACAAAAUAUGUUAUCAACUGCAAAACUAAUACUUAAAAAAAUACGUUUGUAUAAAAGUUUUUAAACAUUAUGAAAGAAGGAGAGCCUGUGUCAAAGUGUGUGACAUGUACUAUAAGGGAAUUCACAGAUGAGUGUCAGUUGAAAGUCAAAGUGGAGCCAAACGUGAAAACUAGGCUGAGCAAUGAAUCAUCCAAAGCAUAUAUGCUUGGAAUGGUGUACACCCAUCUGUGAAAAGCAUGUUUUGUACUUUGUUUUUUGUCUAUUUAAGACUUUAUUGUAAAACCUGAAAAUCAGCUUGUAUGCUGGGUGUUGCCAUUGACAGAGAUGAACCUAAAUGAAGACACAUGGUGAAAUAAAUGCUCUUACAAUAGA